AGAUCAUCUCGAAACAGGCCAGUGGUUGGACGGAGGCUGGUUGGAGCCCAAGAUGUCGCGCGGUGGAAUUGACUAUUCGAAAUGGGACAAUCUGGUCGACAGCAGUGAUGACGACGAUCAGAGCACCCAGCCACCCCGUCAGCACUUCGCGCCGGACUUCGCGGGCACUCCAAGAACGAUGGCAUCGUCUACUCCGCCCCUAGUGGUCGAUGCGUCAUCGUGUUCGUCGAACCUGCACGUGGUGAGCAACGACCAGGACGCGGGACUCCUCCAUCUCGUCGAGAAGGGCCACCCACAGCUGCUGGCCAGUGUCAUCACCACCGAAUUCAUGGGAGCGCUGAAUAGGAAUAUGCUCCCAAGACAGCAAAUCGCGGGCAUGUUCGGCGUCAACAUGCGCACAGACAUCGGCAGACUGGUGAGUCACAGAUAUCAAUGCAUGCGAAUCGUGAAAUAUGUGUGUGUGUGUUUGUCUGCGUGCAGGUGUUCGGCGUGUGGAGCGCGUUCAACACGUACGGCCAGCUCGACGAUCAGGAGGUAGUGGAGGCGCUCAUCAACGGCGACCUCCCCGCCUGGUUUCAGCAAAAGGUGAUGGGUUUCCAGCCCCCCGAGGGCUUCCCGCCCAAUGCUGACAUCAUUGCGUUGCAGAGGCGGGGGUUUGCAGGUCAGCUAACAGUUCACGUGACGAAAACGCCACAUUUUAGGAAACUGCACGCGAUUGGCGUGUCUGUGUGUCGGUGGGUGUUGGUCACAGGCAUCCUAUGGGAACCUGCCCCAUGGUCGAACAAUAUGUGAGGGCUGCGAGACCGCGCAGUGUUGUUCGAAUGAAGACCUGCUCAGGCGGUAUUCGUUGAAAGCACGUCUGAGAUCUGAUCUGAAAACAGGUUCCUCUGCAAAGUCUGUUCUGGGCUUUUCUCUGUGCUCGGCACUCACUGGGUGAUUUGGCAACUUGCGAGUAGUUUUUUAUGCAGUAGCCUGCGGCUUGAUUAAUUAACUCGUACUCUUAAGACCGCUUUCUGACGGGCUCUCACUCAGUUGAUUGGCACGCAGGGAAACAGCAUCAAGUCUGACUGUCUGUCUGUCUGUCGAUCUGGACAGACACCGCCACACUGAAUGGACGGCUAACCAAAUGAGUCAGACACACACACGCGCGGAUGAUGGAUAUAAAGAGACGAUCACACAGAUCACACAGAUGUCAUGGACCUACCGAUGCCUAUACAUCCC